AUGAAGCGAGCUGCUUGCCGCCAUGACAACUCUCCUGAGGACAACAAGGAUGAUUCAGAGAAACGACCGAGCAUGGAACAAGAUCAGAUCGGGAUACAUCAGCUGUCUUCUUGCAGACCUGGGCCUCGGCCUCCUACUCCACCUCUCCAACAGGAUGAUUUCCCCGAUUAUCCAACUUACACGUUGUAUGGGGUGGAUGUUCCGAUGCCCAAGAAAGCCGCUGACCUUCCAUACCAACCUCUACCGUCUCCACCUGAAAUAACCUAUGCCUCAUCCACAUGCAGCGAGCAUGUCUUCUCAAGCACAGAUUCCAAUCUUGGCUCUCCGCCCCAGAGCCCUAUUUCAAGCACCACAGGCUUCGAGGAGGAACCUCUGUCAAUCAGACAGCGAAGGCACCAUGCAGAGUGUUCCUCGCAUAGCCCUCUCUCGGUAUCCGUUCAAAACUGUUCAGAGUCUGAUGUCAGUUCCCUUUCAUCAGAGAACUCUCGGGUUCCUGCCUCCUCUUGCCCCAAUUCCUCCUUUGUCUCUGGACAACAGAGCAUUUCCCCCCUUGAUAUGGACACCUGGUCCAAUAGCGCGUCGUCUGAUAUCAAGCGUGGAGACUCCGCUGUUCUCCGGAAACAGCUGUGCCGUGCGAUUAAGACCACUCCUCUUCCCAGCCCACAGGACCGUAAAAUGGGUUGGCUCAUGUCCUCAUGUACCCCUGAACAUGAUGUCGGCCUGAAACCCCUGAAAUACCAAACUGCCAUGUACACAGCUAUGGAGACUGAACCUUGCGACUUCGGUCCCAGGAGUCCGAGUAUCGCGAGCUUGCCAGAGUGCAUUCGGGUCACAAUCAUGACCUUCUGCAGGGAUCCGAAAGACCUUCUCUCUCUGAUCAGUUCAUCGCCAGUGUUUCUUCAGCCUUUUUCCUGGAACCGUCAUUAUAUCGUCAGCCAUAUCACCAAGAGAAUGAGGUUUCGCUUCGGUGGCGAUAUGCCCCACAGCUGUCUGAUGGCAGCGCGGCUCCGUAAUAUGGAAUCUAAGAGUGUUGUCGAGAGUCCUGAAGAUCUAAAGGCCAUUAUGAAUAUAUCUAUCAAGCAAAUGUUGAAAUUCUCUCCUAGAGGGCCUUUACUCCAUUCGUCAUAUAGUCUUCGACUCCUCAAGUUCAUUUCAGACACCCUUGGCACGGCAGAAAAAGUGAUGAUAAGCUACGCGCAUCACGCAUGGGUAAAUAACCUCGGAUCGUCUCUUAAUGCGAGAAGUCUCGCUCUAUCUAGAACUGAAAGGAAAAGGUUUAUGGACGCAAUCUGUCUGUACGAUGCUUACUGCACGGCUUUCUUCUCUGAGUAUGCCAUUUCAUCUGACGGUGACAACACCCUGCGGCAGAGCUUCCUUGAAGAAGAUGGCAUACCAAGCGAAAUCAUUACGCGAUUCUAUAGCAUUGCACUUUUCCUCAACCACUCCUAUCAUCGUUGGAUAAGUGCCGGCAUUGAAAAGCGAUAUCAUGGCCUUUCCUUCAGGGGCCGAAAUUAUACCUUUUGUCUUCCGUCAGAAGAACACAUCGGCCAGCUUGUCAACCACUUUGUUUGUAGCGGGCCAAGCGUUUUUCGAAUGCUGCAAGAUAUGGGACGUUUGGAACGCAACGAUUUUCUUUUGAAGUUGCUUGGCCGCUGCAAGAUGGACGCAGAAUAUCACCAGAAAAUCACGACCGCGCAAGGCAGAGGAGACAAACGGGUUUGGGCAUAUCGCGAGAUAAUGGCGGCCCUUACCAGGCAAGAGGUACAAACAGCCCAACACUUUUGGGACCCAGCUGUUGUCGGGAGUAUGAAAACUGCUUGUCAUCGCUCGCCCUCGGCUGGGCUACCCUUGCGAGGCAGGCCUGGCGCCUAG